UCUUGUGUGUGUGUGGGGGAACUCGAGGCGCUGGUGGGGAACGCCCAGCCCAGGCCCCCGGAGCGAAGCCGGGCUGCAGGUGCUGCCCAGGGGCGCGCGAAGCCCCGGGUGGACGCCUCGGGCUCCCUCGGUCCCCGCCGCAGCAUGGAGGGCAGAGCGAGGAGGCCCUGGGUUGCCGCCUCCGUCGCUAACCUGAGGGAGGCCCUUAGGUGGCCGGGAAGCCGAGGGGGGAACCCCGGGCAGUUCCCCGGGGAUAUCCAUUCGCCUAGGAGGGUCACCCAGUCCGUGCGCGUCGGUUACUAUGACAAUACAACUACAACCUCCAGUUGCCAUGGCAGCUGCCUGGCCAAUCCGGUUGGCUUCCUUUCUCUUCCGCCCAGGGCUCCACCCCGGACCCCUCCCUCAGUGCCCCCGCUUGCUGGAGAAGGGGUCGUAGCGGAGAGGAGGGGAGGGGGUCCUCGGCGUCACUCUCGGGGGCGCAGGGGAACACCAAAGCCGAAGAACUAGCGGGCGGAACUGUAGGAGGCAGGGGCAGCGUUUCCGGUGGGGUCGAGUGGAGAAGUGGAAAGAGGAAGCGAGAACUCCGGCGGGAGUGGAAGGCUGGGGGAGGGGGGACGAGACUUGGCGUGUGAGUCCUGGGUGAUCUGGGCUCGAUGUUAUUGGUGAGGCAGGGGCUGCCCCCUCGUGCGGGAGGAAAGGAGUGGGUCGGCUGGGAGCCGCCCAGCGCCACCAGUCACCAGCUCCAACGCCGCCCAGGACGUGCCGGGCGAGCGGAUCCCGAAAGGAAGAGCCGCUGAAGGCGGAAGGCAGACGGCGGGACUUGUGUCGCUAAGAUCUCGCGAGAGGGAGCCCCUACUUCCGGCCUCCCUCCUCGUCCUCCCGCCCCUGCCCGCGUCCCUCCUUUCCCCUCCCCCUCCGGGUCGUACGUCCCUGCGCCCCACAGGCAGGCGCCGCAGCGAGCGCGGCUCCAGCUCCCGCCCUCGCCUCAGUCCCCAGCCCCACCCCCCGCCCGCCGAGCGAGGAGGAGCCGGAGGAGAGGAAGAUGGCGGCGGCCGCCAGCACCCGCGGGGUCGCGGGGCCGCUCCGAGGCGCCUGAGGGACCCCCAGAGGCUUCGCGGGGAGACGCGGCAGCGGAGGAUGAGCCUGCAGAGCGCGCAGUAUCUCCGGCAGGCAGAAGUCCUGAAGGCUGACAUGACAGAUUCUAAGCUGGGUCCAGCUGAGGUCUGGACAUCCAGGCAGGCUCUGCAGGACCUCUACCAGAAAAUGCUAGUUACUGAUUUGGAAUACGCUUUAGACAAGAAAGUAGAACAGGAUCUCUGGAAUCAUGCCUUUAAGAAUCAGAUCACUACACUACAAGGCCAGGCUAAGAACCGAGCAAACCCGAAUCGGAGUGAAGUUCAGGCAAACCUUUCUCUGUUCCUAGAAGCAGCUAGUGGCUUCUAUACUCAGUUAUUACAAGAACUAUGUACAGUGUUUAAUGUAGAUUUACCAUGCCGUGUGAAGUCUUCCCAGUUGGGAAUUAUCAGCAAUAAACAGACGCAUACCAGCGCCAUUGUGAAGCCACAGUCUAGCUCCUGCUCUUAUAUUUGCCAGCACUGCCUCGUCCACCUGGGAGACAUUGCUCGAUACAGAAAUCAGACCAGCCAGGCAGAGUCCUACUAUAGGCACGCAGCUCAGCUUGUCCCCUCCAAUGGUCAGCCUUACAAUCAGUUGGCUAUCUUAGCUUCUUCCAAAGGAGACCACCUGACCACCAUUUUCUACUACUGCAGAAGCAUUGCUGUGAAGUUCCCUUUCCCAGCUGCCUCCACUAAUCUACAAAAAGCACUUUCUAAAGCACUGGAAAGCCGGGAUGAGGUGAAGACCAAAUGGGGUCCUGCACUUUGA